CACAGAACUUGCCCCUACUUCUUGAAACUCAGUUCUAACUAUCUGAAACAUGGCUCCAAUUCAAUUAAACGAUAUUGCGCACAGAAGAUACAACCCGCUUAAAGACACUUGGGUGAUGUCAGUUUCGCCGCAUAAGUUCAAGCGGCCGCGACAAGGACAGAAGGAAUCUAUUUCACCUCCUGUGAAACCACCAUAUGAUCCCAAGUGCUACCUUUGCCCAGGUAAUUUUCGAGCCUCUGGCGACCUCAACCCUACAUUCUCGGGGACAUUCCUAUUUGAAAAUGAUUUUAGUACAGUGAGGAUGGAUGAGGGUCACUAUGAAGGAGAUGGUUGUCAUCAUAAUACUUCAGAAGACAGCUCCUUCGACAUGCUGCGUGCUGAACCCGUGAUUGGUCGGUGUUAUGUACUCACGUACUCGGAAAGACACAAUUACAACUUUUCUGAUCUGACUCCUUUGCAAGCGAAGGGGAUUGUCGAUGUUUGGGCGACCGUCUACGCACGGCAUAUCUCUACUGAAGAUCCCCUGGCUCUGGCGCAUACCAAACGUCGCGAUUCCAGUUGUGGUGAGAACUGUUCGAGAAACACGGCACUCAGAUACAUGCAAAUAUUUGAUAAUAAUGGACCCAUGGUGGGAGCUUCAAUCCCUCAUCCACAUGGCCAAAUCUGGAUAACCUCGAGCAUUCCUGACGAAGCAAGUCAAGAAUUUACACAUAUGAGCAACUAUUAUAAACACCAUGGAGGCAGCCACUUGCUACAGGACUACGCUCAACUAGAGAUUGCCAAGGAAGAACGCAUUGUUUAUCAGAAUGCGAUGUUCCUGGUCGUCUGCCCCUGGUGGUCAAUCUGGCCCUAUGAAGUUCUCUUAUUACCGAAAACGCACGUCAGCAGGCUUGUUGACCUAAGUGAACUUGGCCGGUUUUGUCUAGCCGAUGCUAUACUUCAGGUGACGAAAGCCUAUGAUAACCUUUUUGGAAUCCCCUUUCCCUACAUUUCGGGUAUUCAUCAAGCACCUUUAAAUGCCACACAAGCCGAGCUAGACCGCAGCUACUUACAUAUGCACUUUUCCCCACCUUUACUAUUUCCUAAUAUCAAGAAAUUUUUCGGCGGCUGCGAAUUAUUCGGGGAGCCGACUCGCGAACUCCUCCCCGAGAUUGCAGCAAAGCAUUUGAGCCAGCUCAAGAGUGAAUUGUAUUUGAGAUCGAUCGCUAGAAUACUAUAA